AUGUUGUGCUUUAUCUGGAGAUAUGUCUUCGCCGGCACACUGCUGGCCACGGCGCUUGCGCAGAAUACAGAAAGUAGCGGGGACUUUACACCGGUAGUAAGCGCGACAUGCAAGACGGGUGUAAUGUCUAUUAGGAUAAACUUCAGCCAACCAUUUAACGGUGUAACACAUGCUCGGGAAUUCAGAACACCGGCAUGCAUGGCGAUGGGCAACGGAACUGAGACGGUCACUUUCGACAUCAACUUGAUGGCUGUACAAGGGUCGCCCGAUUAUUGCGGAAUUUCCUGGAAUAACCGCACCGACGAACGUUCACUGCCUCUAGCUGUUCGUGUGCAUCGAACGCUCGAGCUGGCAGACGACAAGUUCUAUGUCAUCACGUGUGGCAAGGCCGGCUUCAGAAACGCGAGAAACGAAACAUCCCUUGUGUCCUUACGAAUGCUGAACAGCGAUGGGAGAAAAGUUUUAAAUGCGGCAUUUGGUAUGCCGUACACGCUUCGUGCGGAGAUAACCAAGUCUGAUGGUGCUCACGGAAUUCGCAUGAAGAAUUGCUUCGCAUUCAACAUGCGUAACAAUAGAGUGGACCUUCUGGACAAACGAGGAUGUCCAUUAAAAGAACAAUCGGUGGCAUUAAAAGUGGAAAAUGGCGCAGCGGAAUUGGCAAUAGCCUCGAUGUUCCGAUUUUCAGAUUCAUCGCAGGUCAAUUUUCAAUGUGACAUUGGUAUAUGCAAAGGCAGCUGUCAACCCACGGACUGCACUACAGAUGGACGCACUGAACCUGCAGAUGAAGAAGGCUCAGUUACAGCAUCCACAGGCUUAUUCGUUCUCGAUCCCAAUGAUAGCGCAGUUGCAGCGCUAGCCUGCACAGAGGGUGGCAUCCGGCCGCUGUGGCUGCUCUACCUAGCGAUCGCGCUGGGCGUGAUGUUCCUCGUGAUGCUGCUCAUCAAUUGCUUCCUUUGCACAGCCAUGACCUGCUCCUGUGCGAGAACAGACGUGAUAGAAAAGGACCCCUCUGUGGUAGAAGACUAUGAUCCUUACCGAAGCUGGCACGGGAGUCAAUAUGGCAGUCGAUACCCCUCCUCCACUAUACACUCCACGAGGUCAGUAUCGGACAACAGCGACCACUACGCCAUAGUACAAUCGAGACCGGGGAGUCGACACUCCGGUAUGCACCGAAAUAGACAC